AUGCAGAUCACCAACGCCCUCAUGACCCUGGCUCUUCUUGCCAUGGGAGUCAACGCCGCCCCCGCCCCAUUGAACAUCAACCUCGGUGCCUACUCGCCUGCCUUGGUGGUCGGUGAUGGUGCGCUCACAUUCUCUGGAGGAGCCGAAGGUGGCGCUGCCGGUGGAGGCAAGGGAACAACUGGCAAGGGAACUGGCGGCGGAAAGAAGGAGGGCGGCGCUGCCGGUGGUGAGGGUGCAGCUGCCGCUGCGGCCGCCGCCGCUGGCGCCCCAGGAACCGGCAUUGUGGCCGGACGUGAUGUCAAGAAGGUGCAAAAGCGCCAGGCCAGCGGCUUCGACCGCGCCCUCACCUUUGCCGAGGCCGCUCUCACCAAGGGCCCCAAGGUGCAACUCGGAAACGGAGAGGGUGGAGCCGGCGUCGGUAUCAUUGUCGACAACAACCCGACGGCUGCCGCGCAACCCAACCGCGCAGCAGAGUAA